UUUCAGUGAUGUUUUUUGCUUACCUUCCCGCUAUUGUCGAUCUCUACUAACACUGGUGAGGUUUUUCACGAAAUACUUCUCUGAAUUAUGUCCGAAGCUUUAUCAAAGCUGAAAUAUUCCCGGUUUCGUCACGUGUAUUCCAAAAGUGUACGGCGUAGCGAAUGGUACGAUACGGGGCCAGGACACGGGCUAGCAGUAGCCGCGAAUCCGAAGAUGAUUGCACUGGCUGUCGAUGUUCCUGCUGGUGGCGUUGUUCAAAUUGCCAAACUUUGUCGUAUGGGUCGAGGACGAAUGGAACUGAGCAAAAUUAAGGAUCAUGAAGGUGCCGUGUGCGAUGUAAAAUGGAAUCCUUUCAAUGAUAACGUUUUAGCUACCGGAUCUCACGAUGCCACAGUUCGAAUAUGGCAUAUCGAUGAUAUGCUUAGAAUUCGCUGUUUGCGAAUAUCCAGAGCACAUUCUCGACGCGUUCAUACAAUUGAAUGGCAUACGACAGUUGAUAAUGCUGUCUUUUCGGCUUCAUUAGAUGGUCUAGUAGUGCUGUGGAAUAUUGAAACAGAUAAAAUUGUAUACAGAAUUGAAGAUUGCAAUGCCGCUUCAUUAUGCUUAAGUUACAACUGUUCCGAAUUUGUGGUGGCGACUAAAUCACGCGAAUUAUCAAUUUACGAUGCACGUACGGGUGAAAAACAACGUAGCACACAGCUUAUUCAUGAUGGAGCUAUGCUUCCACGAGUUUUAUUCUACGGGAUGCCGGAGGCGAACAGUAGUGAACGUCUUAUAACGACUGGUAGUUCACGAAGUACCCGACGACAAAUAGCUAUCUACAGUUCUCGUCCUUUGGACGCACCGUUAGCUGUGGUGGAUAUCGAUGGUGGAUCCGGUUUUCUUAUGCCCUUGGUUGAUAAUGAUCUCAAUUUGUUGUACAUUGCUGGGAAGGGUGAUGCCAAUAUUCGAUUUUAUGAAUUGUUAAAAGAAGCACCAUUUAUAUCUUAUCUGAAUGAAUCGUCCGGCUCCAAAGCUCAUACAGCGGUAUGUAUACUUCCCAAACGUGGACUCAACGUAUUGCAAUGUGAAAUUAUGAGGAUAUUUCGGGUAGAUGCUGAACAGCUGGUUAUUGAGCCGUUGUCAUUCUUCGUUCCGAGAAGAGCUGACGGAUUCCAAGCCGACCUGUAUCCGGCAACGCGGUCGCCAACUCCGUCAUUGUCGUUUCGCGAAUGGUUAGCUGGUUUAAAUCGUGAACCGAUCAUGCUGGAGCUGAAGGAUUGCCUACUGAAUUGUACGAACAAACCAGUAACAUUCGCCAAGGAGAGUAAUAGAACUAAACUGAUGAUCGCCGAUGUCAACAAUGAUCGUAAAUUCCGAUUUUUAUCGCAGGUAACAAAACCUGAUUAUCGCGAAAUAACAGAUCGAGAAGAUUGUGAGGAGCUGUUGAAGAUCGAAAGAAUUAAAGCAAAACUGGCUGCCGAAUCCGCAGAUGAGGUUAACAAGGAACACAUGAAUAAAGAAAUGGAUGGAACAAAUGGUGUAUAUAUUGGAGAGAAAAAUAAUGAGAAUGGAAGUACGCCUUUAUCACUUUCAUCUCCAGUCAGCGAGAAGAAUGCUCCAACUACUGCAGCCGCUACCGAUGUUAUUGCACUAAAUCACAAAAACUCGUCAUCCAGUGCACGGACUGCCAGCGUUAUCGACAGAAGUGCAUCACUGUUUUCAAUGAAAUCAGGCAACGCUGACGCAUCAAAGACCGGUUCGGCAAGUGUUUUUCUGGAACGCCAAUCCACUAGUCGAUGUGAUGAAUUAAUAAAACAAACAGAGCAGCAUAAAUUCCCGAUGGUGCAGAAACUGAGUAAUGGGAAUAGUAAACUGGAGGGGGGAGAACAGAAUGAAGAUAAUGACAGCAGUCGUAGCUGUUUCUCGGAAGAAGCGAUGGUGAAUGUUUUGAAGGAAAUGGAGCGUGAAUUAUGGAAAUGUCGAAGUAGGUGCGAACAACUGGAAAAAAUUGUUCAACUGCAACAGCAAGAUAUCGAGAGUUUACGUUAUGAAAUCCAUUGGAAGGAUAGUCGGAUUGAUUUCCUGCAAACUCAGUUACAGCAGUUGGAUAUAAACCGCGACAAUUCUCGGUCUUCCUGACAAGGGUAUUCAAACGCGCGUUAUCACAUAUGAUGAUAGUUGGAAACAUAUUGUUUGAUGUUAUAUAGAGAAUGCUCGUGUGUUUUGACAUACAUAUUUUGCAGAUUUUAUAUAAAGUUUAAAAUCGAAAGUGUUCUAAAAAUAUGUUUCCUUGUGUGCUGUAUUGUUUUUCGUGUAAAGUGUUCAUGGAUAUUGCUACUGCAUAUGGUGUAUAUGUACCUUUUAAAUGCUAGCUUCUAGUAAUGCUAACAGUACGCUUGAUUGUACGUCCCUUCAAUUGUAUGAUAGGUUACAUCUAAUGAAUGUAAAAGAGUGUAAAAUGUUAGAGGAGAUCCAAUCUGCAAAACUUUCUCAUGGUCAUAUUUGCGGGUACCUCCUUUGUAUCCUUGCACUAAUUUUCAUAUAUUUAUUUCAUAUUAUUUCCAUCUUUAUGCUUAAAUUUUUCUUUUCUGUUAUCCGUAAAAAAAUGGCUUGUGAGAGAAGGAGCUUAAUAUAUGUUCCGAAUUUAAGGAUGAAAGUGAAGAAUUAAGUUGUCUUUGGGUCAGAUUUGUGCUGUUUCAUUUUCCAAGUUUCCGGAGCAAUUUAAUGAUUUGGGAGAAUCGUUCUUUCGGCUGGCAAUAAGCAAAAAUGUCUGAGAAAAAAUUUCCGAAUAAUUGGAAAUUAUGACAGAUUUGAAUCGUCUGGUAGAUCGAAGACACAUACGUUACAGUAGAUUUUCAACUUUAAACUUUACGUUCAAUAUAUUGUAUUCCAAGCAUUCCUAUGGAUCAUCCUCGAGAAUUGUUUCUUGAUGGGGUGAAGUGAACCCGAGGUCUUUAAAGUUCGAAAUGGCAGUAGAUUUGCAAGUACUGUACUGUAUGUAUUCUAAUUAUUUGAAAAAUUUUCGCUUGUGGACAGUCUAAUUUGCUCCUAUAAGAGAUACGAUGUGAGAUAAAAUUUUUGACAAA